CAAGAAGUAAAGACACGCAGUGUCACACCAAAACAACAGUGCGUAUCACACGGGAGUCAUUCAGCUCUCACAGACGGACAGACAGACAGACCGACUCGUUUUGUUGUCCAUCUGAGCACUUGAGGUGCCCUGACGCCAAACGAUGAUCCCAUCUGAACCAAUGCACUGAAAGCAGCUGAUACAUCGAAUGGGACCCCUCACAUUAAACUGCCAACCCCUCUGGCAAUAAAACGGAAGGACACGCACUAUACCACACCAAGAACGGCAGUGCGCAUCACACGGGUAGACAUCAAGCAAGUAACAUACGCACAGCCCAGACAGACAGACAGACAGACAGACCGACAGACGGAGAGACACUCGCUUUUGUCCACUUUUUGUCCAUAUCGCCCAUCGCCAAUCCGGUCCUCGCCCCGCCCUCGCGCGCGCGCGCACACACACACACGGACAUGACACGGUACAUAAUAAGUAUGCGAAAAGGGCCAUUGGUUAACGGUCCGUUGCGUGGUGUAGUGUCGUUGGUGUGUGUGAAUGAAUGCCUUCAUUCAUUGCGUUUCCAUCCAACACGAAAAAGGUACGGAUGGAAACGACCAGCAGCCCUGCCACUGCUGCUCGGCUGUCUCUCUCUCUCUCUCUCUCUGAUCGUGAGAGAGAAGCUAAUCUACAUGACCGAUCAUGUCAGUUCACUGGCCUUUUCCCUGCUGUCUUCAUGUGUGUGUGCGGGAAUGACGUUGACGUGCUUUGGCAGCACGGCCGUGUUGGUCAGGUGUCCCCUCAUGUGCACCACCAGCCCGCGCUUGGCCACCUCGGGCGGCAAACACUGUGUCUUGAAGGUCUCUGAAUAUACACACAUUGACAUACUCGCGCGUGUGUGUAUCUGUGUGUCUGGCUGCAUCAUAACUCACUCACCGAAGACCUCGUGGAGGUGUUCCAGGUAGGUGGCCAGCACCCUGGCCACCUUCUCGUCGCUCGGGUUCGGGUCGGGCUCACCCACCUCAAGUGCCCGCCCAAUACUGACACCCAGAGACAAACAGACACAGAGACAAAGAGACAAAGAACCAUACACACACCCACAGCACAUGGCCGUCUGGAUGACCGGCCCUCUCUGUGGCUCACCGACCCGAGUGUGAUGGUGACUGGGUUGGGUCCCCUCAGCGGCAUGAUGGGCCACCUAACCAUGCGGAACGUGUAGCGGGCCAGCCGCAUGCCCCACUCAGGCACACUGAAGGCUCGCGUCUCCUGGAACGAGUACGAUGGCAACAGUGGAACACCGUGCCUGCAGGCAUCAACCAACACACACACAGGCUCUCACAUAGCGUGUUGUGCGUGGGGGUGGGUGUUCUCACUCGAUGGCCAGUCGUAUCCAGCGGAGUCGUUUUGGAAGAUAGAGCUGCUCUCGCGUCGGGUCGGUGUGCACCUGCUCGUAGAUACCGCCAGGGGUGAUGAACAGCGUCCUGCCUAAACCAACCAACACCCCCAUCCACAGCACAUGCCUUCGGCCUCUUCUUGGGGACUGACUGACCGCUCUUGAGCGCCAUGCUGAGAAUCUCUCUGUCUGCCGGUCUCGCACCCCAGCACAGGCACAUCUCGCGAAGCACUGCACACACGAAUCAGGACCAGACACACACAAGCAAGGCGCACACACAUACAUACAGACUAUAAUUGGCCGCCCGAUUGCGACGCUCACAAGGUAUAUAGAAGAUGCCGGACGCCACCCCAACAACCGCCUUAGUCCUCUGAACCAAACAAGACAACACAGAGAGAGCAAAACGGUCAGCCAGCACAGUGGCAAACCCCUUCCCCCUCCCCUCACGAGUUUGCAGGUGCUUUCGAUUGUCCUCAGCGGCCCGAUCAGGGAGGGCAGCACAGCAUUGACCCCGUGCGGGUGCCACGACACCACAUACUGCCGGUCAAGAUCCCAGCUCUUCUCGUCCACACACACGAUGCCGCCAAACUUGAGCCCUCCGAGUGCGUAGAGCCUCUGCACGCACCAUCGCACGGCGUGGGCGAGCCAGUCUGGUCCCCAGUCGCCGAGGUGGGUGAGGUGGGAGGCGGUGCGCCACAGAUAAAUCAGCCAGAAGGCCACAGAGAUAUUCGCGACGAAGAGGGCGAAAAGGGCCGCGGUGAGGGGAAACAUCCCACCAGCUAUCUGAUGACGUCUGCAGGACAGCAAACGGACGAAUGACUGAAUGAAUGAGCAACGCAGCAGAGAUCCCAUGCGUGCACUGAGUGUGGUAAGUGUACUAUUUUGCGGUCUUUCGCCGCUGCUUUGCUGCAGGGUCGUUCUCCGAUGCUGCUGCAGUCCUGGACGAGAGAAGUCAGGUCGAAG